GCGCUCCUCUCAGCGUUUCCUUAGACAAGUCGUCAGAGUGCUCACCAGCUGUGUUUCCGUAUUUCGGCUAACACCCCGGUGGUUUGGUGCUUUGUUUUGACAACUAAUCAUGGUUAAAAAGAGUUUAAAGUCACGGUGCCAAAUUGGACUGGACUUCUUCGAGUUUUUGAAAAAGACCAACAGAGCAUCCAUCACAGGCAAACUACAACUAAGAGACAUUUACAACAAUGAGUUCAGAAACAGGAACGCAGGAGUUAAAGAACCCAAYUUUGGCUCAGUUUUAUACGCCUUGAAAUCGUCCAACAAAGUWACAGCACGUCGUGACAACAUACAGUUCAACUCUAACGGGAAAGUUGUGUACGAGGAUCAGUGGAGCACAUCCAGGGAGCAGAGGCCACAACCUGUCGUAAAUGGAGUAGCCAACCUCGAGAUCUUACAGGACUUCCGCUCGGGGGAUCAGGCACAGACGGGAGUAAGAGCCCGCAGACAACUGGCCGGUCUUUUGACGAAGAAACUGAAGGUGGACAGGAGCCAGCUCAUCUCUGAUAAACAUGGUAUCAGCAUCACCUCAGAUCACACGUUUGAAGACGGGAAAGUUACCCUGUGUAAAGAGAACACCUAUGAGUAUAAGAUGACACUGAAUGUGAAAAACACUGGAACACAAAAUGUGUAUUUCACCUACUACACAUCGCUGCCCUGGUGCAAAUUCCUAAAGCUGUCCGAUGAACACAAAGUGACCAAACAGAACCCUCUGCUUCUAAACCCAGGGGACAGUUAUGAAGUCCAGGUUCAUUUCUUCUGCAGCAAUUUUGGGGUUUCCUCAGCCACACUGGCCUUUGAGUUCAAACUGGACAGUCAAGUCUCCUCCAACACGUUCCAUAUCGUCCGUUUCAUCGAGGCGCAGUGCAUCACUUCCUUAGGCAUGGACCUGGCACCCAUCGCUCCCUUCAAGCCUCGCUCUGUGCUGGUCUUGCUCGCUGAUAUCAACAGCGAGAUUGUUGACGGACAACCGCCCAAGGGACUGUCAGAUAUGCAGCUGAAGUAUGUGUUUCGGUUAAACCAAUACGAAGUCCCACCUUACGUAAACCAGCUCAUCAGCUCACUGAAGAAGCCUAAUCCUGUCACAGAUCGAAGAGGAAACGUGUUGAGGAGCUCCUUGAGCUGGGAGAACUACAAGGAGAAGUUUCAGCUGCUUCUGUAUCUGGAGGAAGUUCAGAUGGUGGUGGACAUCAAGAGAUACAACAUCACUGAUGAGGACGGAGAGUAUGCCACCCUAAUAAGAGACCAGUUCAAUAAGAACCUUCUUAAUAUGGAGGUUCCUGGUGUGUCCGAGAAGCGCCCAUCUGUUCUGCGGGGAGAUUCGCUGCUGGUGUACCCUCAGGGAGUACCAGUAGACAAGAAAUACCGCGGUUAUGUUCACAGCGUGCAGCAGGACAGCGUGAAACUGGGCUUUAGCUCAAAGUUGCUGGAUAUCUUAAUAAAKGGGAUGAAAUUCAACGUGGAGUUCACCACCAGCCGCCUCACUCUGCGCAUUCAGCACAGAGCAGUAGAACUGGCAGCUGCUUCCAACCUGAGGAGUGUUCUGUUCCCUGAUGUAAACCCUUCCACAUGUCAGAAACCUGAGCUUCCCACGUUCAGAUUGUUUGAUGGGCGACUGCAGAAAAACCCAGAGCAGUAUCUAGCAGUGCAACACAUUGUGGCUGGCUCCUCCAAACCUGCUCCCUACCUUGUGUUUGGCCCUCCUGGAACAGGUAAAACUGUCACUGUGGUGGAGGCCAUCAAGCAGAUAGAGCAGACCCAGGCCUCCUCUCACAUUCUGGUUUGCGCUCCUUCAAACAGCGCCACCGAUCUGCUGUGCACCAAGAUUCUGGAACAUGUGGACCCGCAUAAAGUGUACCGCAUGUACGCCAGCAACUGGGACCCAAAACAAGUCGCUGAAAACCAGAAGAAAUGCUCUAACCUGAAGGGGGAGGUUUAUGUUUAUCCUGCCAAAGAGGAGCUGAUGGAGUAUAAGAUUAUAGUCGUCACCCUGUUCACUGCUUCAAGGUUUGUGUCAGGAGCCAUUCCUGCUGGACAUUUUACUCACGUGUUUGUGGACGAGGCUGGACACGCAGUGGAGUCGGAGUGUAUAAUCCCAGUUGCAGGGUUGCUCGAUGCAGAAUCUGGACAGCUCGUUCUGACAGGAGACCCUAAGCAGCUCGGACCCAUUCUCAGAUCUCCUUUUGCAAUAAAAUACGGGAUGGGAGUGUCCUUCUUGGAGCGCCUGAUGUCUGAUUUCCCUCUGUACCAGAAGAACGAGGGCGUCUACAACAACCGCUUCGUCACCAAACUGCUGCGCAACUACAGAUCUCAUCCUGCCAUUCUAAAGGUUCCCAACGAGCUUUUCUAUGAUGGAGAACUGCAGGCUUGCGCGAAUGAAUCACGCAACAACUACUGUAGAUGGAAGGGCCUUCCUAAGCCGGGCUUCCCAGUGAUCUUUCAUGGGGUCCCCGGUGCUGAUGCACGUGAGGCCAACAGCCCUUCGUUCUUUAACGUCGCAGAGGUGGAAGUGCUGAUGGAUUAUGUGAAAAAACUGCUGCAGUCACAAGGCAAGACCGGCCUGGCUAAAAUUGAACCCAAAGACAUCGGCAUCAUCGCCCCCUACAGGAAGCAGGUGCAGAAGAUUCGUAAGGCGCUGGAUAAAGUUGGGAAAAUCUUCAAGUACAUGAACAUGAACAUGAAUGAGCUGAAGGUCGGUUCGGUGGAGGAGUUUCAAGGCCAGGAGAAAAGCAUCAUCUUGGUGUCCACAGUCCGAAGCAGCUCAAAUUACAUGGAUUUUGACAAAAAGUUCAGUCUGGGCUUUGUCAAGAAUGAGAAGAGAUUCAAUGUGGCUGUGACUCGAGCCAAAGCCUUGAUGAUUGUGGUGGGACACCCCGUAGUUCUGAACACAGACCCUACCUGGGCUCGCUUCAUUCAGUACUGCAAAGAUGAAAAGGGCUACACUGGAUUUGAUCCUUCAGAUGAUGAUGAUGAUGAUGAUGAUGAUGAUGAUGCACAGAUGGACCUCAGACAUAGCAUGCUCUACUUGAGCAUUGACGGUCAUGCUGAGACUGAAGAAAGUGUYGUUCAGCAGCAACUGGACCCAGAGUGGAGGAGCGACAUGUGAGCAACACAAGUCUGGAUUAGACGCACCGGGAAGACUCCAGUUGUGUAAACUGGACUUAGAUCAGCUGUUAGUCUUAACCCUUAUGGGCAGUCAUCUCAGGGUUGUUUCAAGGUUUUUGACCAAAAAAUGAGCUUUUUUUAAAAGACAAAAGUAUUAUUCUAAGGUGAAUAAAUGAUUCAGGGAAUAUUGAUGCAUGACGCUUACCAUGAUUUUUAAUUCAUUGUAACACAAAUUAUACUUAAACAUUUCUGAACUGCUUAUGAAUUUAAUAUUUUUUAAACUGAAGUAUAAUAAAAUAAUCAUGUGCAAAA